AUGAUGGAAGAAUACGCCAUUAUUCAUGAAUGCAUCGGUAGACUCGCACAACAGCUGGCACGCCUGCCAGAAAAUCUGCGUGUCGAGAUGAUCAACAUCGUGGACCGACUGAAGCAACUAGAGAUCGUCAUGCAUGGUGACAGAACGUCGCCGGCGGAGCGGUCUUUACAUCAUGCAGCGCAAGCUGAUAUUCAAGAACGUACGCAUGUCAACGUGGCGCCACCCGCCUUCCCUGUUUCUCAGUCCCCGCCAUCCGAGACCGCCGGGCCGCGGGCGACUCGGACUGACCCGUCUCGUACCCGCACGGUACGUAUCGAGAAUCAUGCUGAGACUGCACUGGGGCAUCUCCCUGCGCCUAUCGCCCGGACUUCUCCAGCGACUUACAGCCGGUCGACUGACUCAGAUAGUCGCCCCGAGCUCACCACAGACGCUGGGAUUAGACCACAGCAGCAAAGUCGCAGUCAACGUCCGUGCUUACCGGAACAUGGGAAGAAUGGAUCGAGAAAACAGAGAGCCCCCUUUCGCAGAGGGAAAAAGCGGAAAUACCAGCAACAUGCACAUGAGCGUGACGUGACCAAUUUCCUUGCUGAUGUAGUAGAUGCAUUUGGCACGGACAGCGACUCUGAGAUUCUGCAGGAGACUUUCGAACAUCUGACGGCUCAUGCAAUCGGGACUGAAGCUGCACGGCUUCCAUCUUCAUGGAUAAUGGAUAGACUGCUAACGAACAACCCUACUGACUCAAUCAAACUCAUAGAAGCGCUGCCGAGCCUGGUCAGAGAAAUCGAUGACAACAUCAUCUCUCAGCGGUUGUCGCGGGUAUGGAAGAGGAUGAUGUUGGCUCAAUUCUAUUCGACUUACAGAUUGGCACAAACUCAUCCUCCGAUGUUCUUGCAGUGGACGGAGGACACCGCGAGGGCAAAUUCUAUCGAUUUGACCCCGACGUCUGGCCGGCUGGAGACGCAGGUGAAGAGUCGUUUCAUCGAUAUUAUCUUUUGGCAGUCGAGGAGAAGUCGCGCGCAGGCUGCCAACAAAGUCAACGAUUGGCAGCAUAGCGGACGGCCGUGGGCCGAACUCAUUCAGCGCUUUGGGUGCGGCAGCCUGUUGCUCGUUCCUGACCAGUUGACGGACGAAAGUGUACGCUACCUGUCGCACGACAAGUUCGCUCUUCUUCUGGAUGCCAUUCAGGAAAGAGACGAAUCGUUCGCCGAUGCUUUGACGAAAGCAAACGACAAGAUGAUGGCCGUGCUAUCCAACUUUCGGGUUCGACAAGGUUCUUCUGAGACCCCUUCAGGACGGCAAAUCUUUCAGCCCGCGUCAGCAGCCUUGCCUGACCCCACGCACCCUUCCCUUGGGGAACAUACCUGCGACACCUUGAAUCCCCAGGUACUCACUGUGGAUCAGCUCAACAGCUCGCCUGCUAUGACGAACAACGAACAGGUUACUACAUAUCACAACGGAUUCGGCCAACCUCCGCCUAGAGGUACUGUCGUUCGAGACCUCAGUGACACAAUACCACAUGCAGAAGAAGCGGGAACGUCGGACGUGGCACGGAGCACUGGUCUUGGCGACGGGUGUCGACAAACCGAAUGCACACUGAGCUCUGAAGACUUGUCAUCAGACGUCCUUGAUCAACUAUUUCAAGGCCUCAACAGUAGACCCCAAGUAGAUGCGGACGACUGUCGCCUGAAAUUUCACAUUUGGCCGAGCAUCAGACUUGUCGACGCUGCACUUGAUGACGAUACCGCCACCUGGUCGCCACAACUCUGUUCGACCUUCUUAAACAAUGCUCGCUAUCAAGUGUUGCCUUAUUUCGCAAGCUACCAUUGGCAGCUAGCCGUCUUCGACCAGAUGAAUCACGUUAUCGCUCGUUACGACAGUGCCUGGCAAGAUGGCUAUGACCGCUUCACGUUCUCCAUGCUGCAAAAGUGGCUUCGCUCGAGUGGAGGAAAUCCAUUCGACCGUCCAUACGAGUACAAUAUGGUUAAGAGCACCCCCGUACCUGACAAUGCUCACAACACCGGGAUCGUGGUCUGGUGGGUGGCCAAGCAACUGAUGUGCGGGAAAGACCUGAGUGAGCCUCCAGCAGAUUGGGAGCAUGAGAGAUCAUCAGCUAUGCAAUCACUUCGUCAGGACGACGACUUCGAUCUCUUUAUAGACUAUUGA